AUGUGUCACAGUUUAAACGAAGAUAAAGAAGUAGAAAAAGAGAAAGCAGGCGAGAGUGGUGGUUCAUCUUCUGGUACAAUUAGUGAGGGUGAUGACCUUGGAGAAAUAGUUGUACCGUCAACACCAAAAUCGAAAAUGAAGAAGAAAGUGGAUGAAAAGGUUUCUAAGGAUGAUGAAAACGUUAUGCAAACGCCACUUAGUAAACUCAAUCGAAUUCCAACACGUAAAAAUGAAAAGCUGGCAGCGUUGUUAGAAAAAAGUUUGAAGACCCAAUCACAGCAGGGACAGCAGUCGCGAAAAAGAAGCAGUCUUCCAGCAAUACGUGGAAAAACGCAGCCUAGAAAAUCACGCAUUUUACUGCCACAAUCGUCAUCUGCCUCUAUAUUUGCAAAUGUUUCGCGAACACGUUCUGCACGUGUAAAUUUGAACGAACGUUUUGCUAUGAUGGAUCGAUUAAAUGAGGAAACUAAUGCCUGUUCUGCUACUUCAUCACCUGCUGCGCCUCAGACUAUGAUCAAAGAUAUAUCACUGGACAAAAGUAUCAUUGAGCGGUAUCGCAAACGCAUCGAAGCUGUCCGUCACUCAGCACGCAAAAGUGAUAAAAAUGAGGUAUUUUACGGUCGUUGCACAUCACGUCGUAACUUAUUCGAUGAUAGUAUUGAUGAGGAAGAUAGUGAAGGAGUGGCGACACGUUCCACAGCUUGUAUUCAGAAGAACCGCAGUGGACGAUCAGUACAAACUAGCCAAAAAGUCUAUAUGGCACAUGCAUUACUUAACGUUUACAACACAGACCCUUUGAAUCCACCGAAAUUACCGAAGGAUGCUCCAUUCAAAUUACAUCGUCUCAUUCGUCCGGCAUCGAAAUCGGAUAAAAAGAGGCUGUUCAAGCUCAGGCUUCGAAUGGCUCGCGAAAAAUCGGGAUCAUCAUCUUCAUUACUUAAGAGUAGUACAUCGCGUGAGACUCUUGAAACUGUAAGUUCAAAGGAUGUGAAAACAAAAUCUGAAACACCAGAAGAAAAUUCUUCGAAUGGAAGUGAAAAUUUUGAAGACAUUGAAAAGAAAAGAAUAUUAGAAAGUGGCAGCUCAGAAAAAAAGGAUCUUUUCAAAGAUCCAAAUAUAAAAAAAUUAUCUAGAAAAUUUAGUGGAACACCGGGAAAUAUUGAAGCUGAUCUGGGGCCUUCCAUCCAGUUAUUAAAGAAAAAUUCUAACAGAAAAGUAAAAAAGUCAUCCCAAAGUCACAACAAAUCGAAAACUCCAGAUAGCAGUGGAUCAAUUGAAAGUGAGAAAUCAUUGAAAAUCUUCAGUGAAGCAAUAGAUGAUGUUUCUGAAACAGUACCGAAUCCAUGUAUUAAUUCCAGUUCUGUUUUUGAGAAAUCUGGGUCAGCAGGUAUUAUAGAGGGGCAGAUGAGGAAGGCGAAUUCCGAAGUUACGAUGAAUAAAAUAGAAAGCGAAGGUGAAAAACUAGAAAUUUUGGGUGAAAUAUCCUGUCAGAUGAAAGAAAAACAAGAAGAAAUGGACGUAUCAUGA